CAGCACGUCCGCGAGCUCCCCUGCUUCUCUGGAUUUCCUUUCGCUGCCCCUGCCCCGCAGCACCCACCCACCCAAACUCCUCGUGCGCCUCGUGGAUUCGUGGGUCGCGACUCGCGACCAGACGACAAACGUCGAGAGGGGCCGAUCGUGAUCGAGCAGCGAUGUCGACGUCGCGGAGGCGGACACUGCUCAAGGUCAUCGUCCUUGGCGACAGCGGGGUCGGGAAGACGUCGCUGAUGAACCAAUAUGUCCACAAAAAGUUCAGUCAGCAGUACAAAGCUACAAUCGGUGCAGAUUUCGUCACAAAGGAGGUUCUGAUCGAAGACAGGCUAGUCACGUUGCAGAUAUGGGACACCGCGGGGCAGGAGAGAUUCCAGAGUCUUGGGGUUGCAUUCUACAGAGGGGCCGAUUGCUGUGUGCUCGUCUAUGAUGUUAACUCUAACAGGUCAUUUGAUACACUCAAUACAUGGCAUGAUGAAUUCCUCAACCAAGCUAGCCCAUCAGAUCCUAAAACUUUUCCCUUCAUCUUACUCGGUAACAAGAUUGAUGUAGAUGGUGGAAAAAGCAGAGUGGUUUCUGAUAAGAAAGCAAUGGAGUGGUGUGCUUCUAAAGGCAAUAUCCCUUAUUUUGAAACUUCUGCAAAAGAGGACUACAAUGUUGACAAUGCUUUCCUGACUGUUGCCAAGCUUGCUCUAGAGCAUGAGCGCGAUCAGGACAUUUACUUCCAGAGUGUUGCGGAUCCUGUCCCUGAGACUGAGCAGAGAAGCGGAUGUGCAUGCUAGUAGUUAGUCAUCAUCCUUGUCCCUUCCAGAUCUUGCUUAUUGAUUGCGGCAUACUUUUUCUGCGAUGCCGAGCAGGCAUUCUUUCCAUUUUUCGCAAUGUACACUAAUGUUCCAACCGUCCAACACUGUUCUUCUAUCCAGCUGUAUGAUAGUUACUGAGCAUGGUUUUUUUUUUUGUACGCGGUCUACUGAUUUGGUGGCCAGCCAAUUCUUGGUUUGGGCAAUAAGAAUACACUGGUUUAGACUUUUCA